AUGAGAUAUACCCAGUCAGGGCGGACCACAAGCAGCUUUAUGGGGAUUGCAUCUGGUGAUCCUUACAGUUCUUAUUCUUCUCGAGGGGCGCAAGGCAACCAACCAGCAGAUCAGCCUGAAAGCGGGGAUCCAGAAAGCAGCUCCACUGGCACUAGCGACGGGGAGGAGACAGAGUCAACUGACACUGAAGAAGAAGAAUCUGCUGAAGUUGAAAGCUCAGGCGGACUAGGAACGAGGAGGGUCAUGAACCCGUAUGAUCUAUCCCACAUUUUCCCAGAUAUUUACCAGGAAGAACAGCCGCCUUCAUACGAAAAUAUGACCAACCAAAGUCUUGCCCUACUGGAAAUGACCACGAUCAACUCCGAUCCUGAUGGGGAGUAG